ACACGAAGGUCGAAUUCUGUGUUCCAGACUACUGCACGAACGAACACAUAAUAUAUUUUCCAGCAACUACAGCGUGAGUACCGAUCUGAAAGAAAGAUUUGAUUCAGAUCAUAAAAACUUGCAAUUUUGUAAAAGUUUGUAUGUUACGAAUUUAGUUCCCUUUUUAAAGCUGUGAUUGGAACUAUACCAAGUUUUCAAUAAACGACCCCGAGGCAAGACUUCUUUUUAUAAUAUAAUAAUAUAUAUGAAUUUUGAUGAAUAUGAUUUAAUUCAUAUUAUUUGAAAUUGAGACUCUAGUUCUAGGCCUACUGGCCAUAUAAUGGAUGACUCUUUUAAAAAUAGGCCUUCAGUGUAUGAACAUCACGACGGGUACUUCAACACUCGAGAGCCCGUUCCGCACUCCCUAGAAUGGUGGUCCCAAAUGUCAAAUAGUCAGUGUAGAUACUUUGGUCACAAAAAUUAAACCUUAAAAAAAAAAAAUGGCAUAGUUGAAUAGAGCUAAUUUUUAAAAGAAUUAUAACACCAAAAUCAUAUUUUUUGCUGUUGUAGUUUUAAAGUUAUGUAUUUUUAAAGUAGGGCCUACGACUUAAUUUGUCCUUUUUUAACAUGGACCGCAUCUCCAUUUUCUGGUACCCAAUUCCACUGUUCGCGUAACGAUUUAUAUAACUCUUGUUUUAAUGAUGAUUUUAUUUUCAGAACUAAUGCUGUAUUAAAAAAAUAAGUUUAAUAAUGUUAACAAUUAUAGAUAAAUUGUGGCUUAUCUAACUAUGCACUAUUUAUAUCAGUAAAUUUAAUAUAAUGUAUUAAUAUAUGGCUUUUCUGUUUACCAAAUCUACGACGUCCAUUAUACCAAUAUUUGCUAUAUAGUCUAUAUAAGGCAACUCAUGCCCUAAUUACGAAAAUACUGUAUGGGAACUGUUGAAUUUUCAACUUUGGUACAUGACUAAUUAAUUAAAGCUUUCCCUGACCUAGUUUAAUAGUUUUUGCACUCGGCAAACAUUUAUGAAGGAAAUCUCUGAGAUAGUAGUAAAUAAUAGCCAUUAUGCAAGUCACUGUGAAUGGCCGCCAUGACAUUUUGCACACGCGAAUUUUGAUCAUGUAUAAUAUGGACUCUACCGGGUUUUUUAACCUCAAAUUAAAAUAUUAUUCUUUCAAUAACAUUUAAAUUCAUUCUAAAACAUAAGUUAUCAAAUAUUUUGAUGAAAAUAGUGGAAAUAAUUUAAUAUUUCCUAAAUAACGGCGUCUUCCGCAACUGAAAGGGGGCGUGGUCACUUCCUUAUCGAAAUUGGGCUGAGCUACAUUACCAUAUAGGGGUUCUCUCAAGUGAGCAUAACAAGUGACCGACAUGUCCUAACUCAUUGAGAAUUGACUCAAAUACACAUCGAUAGAUAAUACAGAAUAAUACUUUUUUUUAAAGACAUAAAAGUUGAACUUCUAUACGAAUUUUAUAGUGAAAGAUGCCUUAUAUUUUAAGGGGAAUCUCAAAAUACAGGUCGAUUGAAAAAUUUUAAAAAAUCAAUGUAAAUGUAGGCCAACAUGUGUACCUAAUUAUAAGGCCGGAAACUGAACUCAAAUAUAUGCCGAAAGCACUCAUUUAAUAAUAAAUAGACACAUGCAUCGGAAAAUUAAAAACUCAGAUUUUUCGGCGCCGAUUGCCAUUUCCGAUACACAAAAAGUAGUAGCCUCCCUUGGUUUACCAAAGUAUCAAGUCAGUGCCUGGUUACCAGCCUUAUAUAGCCAUUGAUAAUUGGUGAUGUAAUUGAUAACCUCUAAUUUUAUUUGCAGAAUAAUUUUUGCUUGUAAUAAUAUAAAAUAAACAGUACAAUGGCCAGCAGACUGCAAGCGCCGGUUCUAUUUUCAGGAAACAUUCUGCAAAGUUAUGACACAACGCCGAAGGCACUGUAUAGUAUCACUGACAGAAUGACAGCAUGCUUUGUCUUUGGUUAGUGUGGCUUGCAGAACAGUGUUUAAUACGAAACAGCAAUUCAACAGAGAUAUUUUUCUUUAUUUUUCUUCUUUUUUUUUUAGGAGAUGAUGAUGAAUAAGAGCUGAAGACUGAAUAAGAUUGCGAUCUUCAAUAAAAUAUAUAAAUUUAAAUAGGCCAUUAGACCAGGGGGACCAAAUCAUGAACUGGAAAAAAUGGGACACACCCAAGCAGGGUUGGGGGGGGGGGGGUACCCUCCAGCAAAAGAGGGGUUCCGGGGCCUCCGCCGGAAACUGUUUAUUAAAAUAUGCUCAUUUUAACUAUUUUGAGACCUAGAAAUCUUUUUAAAUUUAUCGAUCUUCAAUAAAAUAUAUAAAUUUAAAUAGGCCAUUAGACCAGGGGGACCAAAUCAUGAACUGGAAAAAAUGGGACACACCCAAGCAGGGUUGGGGGGGGGGGGAUACCCUCCAGCUAAAGAGGGGUUCAGGGGCCUCCGCCGGAAACUGUUUAUUAAAAUAUGCUCAUUUUAACUAUUUUGAGACCUAGAAAUCUUUUUAAAUUUACCUUCACUUUUGUAAUUUAAUUUAAACUCUGAGGCAUAUCAUAAAUGAAAACAAUAAUUUUGCCGUGAAUACUUAUUUUAUACAUAAGAUCUAUGGCAGGGACACUGUUGUUUACACAGUAACACAGCAUCAGCAGAGCGGUGGAUGGGAAACAGUGCAGCCAUCACGCAAGCCUACAUCACUACUGGCACUUCCUACACAGCUAGCCCAAUUUACUUGAAGUUAUAUUAUAAAUUAGGAAGUUGUAGUGAUUUGAAAAUGUUUAGUUUUAGAAAAGGGACAUUUAGGCAUUCCGAGAGACUUUUUCGGGACACCGGGUACAAUCGUGAAAAAACUGGACAAUCCUGUUUUUACGGGAUGUUUGGUCACCCUGCAUUAAACAUAAACUCUUAAGACACCGUACACCAGUUAUCGGUAGCUAUUAGGCUGGUAGCCGUGCACUUUCUCAUGAAAAGUAUUUUAUUUGAGAUUUGGAACCACCAUUUUUAUUUGACAUUUGGGAUCACCGUUCUGAGGAGUGCCGCCAGGUCCCUAUUUCAAGAAGAAGAAAAACUUGGGUCUAUUUGCUUUAAAAUACAAUAAAAUGAAGUCUAUGCAGGGAUACAAAUAUGCCUUUUAGUCAGUUUUAUGAUGCUAAAUGUCACAUUCAAUAGCUAAAUUUUUGGGGGAAAUGUCAUCAAGAAAGUGUCACUGUUUCCCAAACUUGGUAAAUGUUGGUUUGGUGCGCCACUCAUUUCCCAUCUAGAUAUGCUGCAAGAAGUCUCAACAAUCUGAGGUCUCUCCCUUCCCCCAACUAAAACGUGUGCUACAGUACACACUGUGGUGAGGAAAGUAUAAAAAUGAAGAAAAACAUUUCAAAAUAUUUUUUUAUUGAAUACAAUUUGACACCAUUUAUUGCAGGUUCCACCAAAAAUAAAAUAAAAAAGUUGUCCUGAAAAUCAAUAGUCAAUAAAAAAUACAAUUGCCUUUUUCCGAAUGCCGGAAAAUUUAAAUAUUAUAAUUAGCCACCCAAUGAAAUUAUAAUUAAAACCUAAAAGAAAAGAAAAGUUAACUCUUUUAACAAUCCAAGAAUAAACAAAAGAGAGAAUCAUAGUAAUCAUACACUGAAACUCAUCCUGGCGCACUGAGCCAACAUUAGCCCCCAAACUUUUGUUACUUUUAAGUUUCAUGGACUUGUGGAUGUUUGCCACUGCACCAACCAUCCAUAUGACCAUAAAUGUCAUCAAUCUGCAUUCAUCCAAGGCAACAGGACUCUAAUGACCAUGUGAAAAAAGCCCUUAAAUGUCCACGUGUGUGAUCUGUUUAUACAGUUCCAUAACAUGUAUUUUUUCCCAGGGAAUGGUGAAAUCCUAAGGUUUUAAAACAGUAACUUUGUCAAGACGGACUCUAUUUAUUUCAAUUUAUUUAAAUUCAAUACAGUGUAACUGACAGUGACAGGAAUCUGCUAGAACUAGCAUAAUAAACAGAUGAAUUAUCAUUAAUUACUUCUAAAUUCAUAAUGUGGACUAAUUUUCUUUUAAUUGCUUUACUUCGAUUGGAUGAAAAUCAGACUUCAAACAAGCUAUUUUCAUUUAAAAGUUGUGAUUUAUAAUAUAUCCAUUUAGGAAAGACAUAUACAUGUUAGAAUGCAAGCACACCCGAGGAGAGACCAUUUAUGCAUUUUUCUUGUUGCUAUGAUAGUAUAAAGUGUUUCCAGGAUGUGCGGAUAAUGUGAAUCCCUAACUUUUGAGCAUUUUUUACCCAAAAUUUCUAACAUAAUACACUGAAAUAUAUGAUCACUAUUAACAUUUAAUGCGAGCCAUUACAUUUUUUUUGGUUCUAGCAGUAAGCCUACACAGUUUCACUUUAAGUAACAGAUUUAUCCAGUUUCUUGAAUCUUGUGCAUACUGACCAUGUAAGGCUUUCAGACUGGUGCCUGUCUGCAGACCACCAUUUGGGAAUGAACAUAUUAAUCUAGUAUAGUAAAUAUAUUUGUUGUUAAUUUUUUAGACAAGUCACUUAUGUAAACUACUAAUUUUUUUGUUUAUUUAUUGGAUCCACCCAUCGCUGUGGUUCUACAGCCCAUGUAGGGCUUUGGCCUGCCUCACUACUUUCUUCCACUCAGCUCUAACUAAUGCUUGUCUUUUCCACUUCCACGCUUGAAUUGCCAGGUGCUGUAGACUUUUUCCACAUCAUCUAUCCAUCUAAGCCUAGGUCUGCCUUGGGCCGUUUUCCUCUGGAGUUUUGAUGAUGUACCCUCUUCACUCCUGUCAUUUGGCAUUAUUUCUAAGUGUCCUGCCCAGCGUAGCCUACCUUUUUUUUUCUGCUACUAGCAUGGGAUCCUGAUAUAGACUGUAUAAUUCCUGGUUGGUUCGCGUUCUCUAUCCAUAUUAAUCCUUUGUUGGUCCAUAUAUUUUCCUGAGAACUUUUCUCUCCCAUGUGUUUAAAAGGUUUUCUGCCAUUUUUGUUAGGGUCCAAGUUUCACUUGUGUACGUUACAACUGGUGUGAUUACAGUUUUAUAAAUAGUUUGUUUUGUUUUUCUUGUAGUGUUUUUACUUUUGAGUAUUUUCUCACUACUGAAGUAGGCCCUGUUUCCGGCCGAUAUUCUUUACUUUAUUUCUGUUAGUAAUUUUUGUUUUCCAUUUACUAAAGAUCCUAGGUAUUUGAAUUGAUUUACUUUUUCAAAUGUGUGGUUUCUAAUUUUAAUGACUUUAUCUGUCUGUUCUUCUGUCAUCAUGGUCAUGUAUUUUUUUUUUGGUUAACUUCCAGUCCUGCUUAUAGUGAUGUGUCUUCUUAUUCAAUAAAGGCUUUUGAUUUGUCUUUAAUACUUUCCCUAACAGUGCUAUGUCAUCAGCAUAUGUAAGAUACUGAUGGGGUUGAUAGCAGAGCGUGCCCAUUGUGUGUGGGUCUUGGGUCUCCCUGAGAAAGUAUCCUGUUAUUGUUCCUCAUGUGCCAAUAUGUAUUCUUCUCUCUAAUGUCAGGUUAAAUAGCAUACAAGACAGUGAGUCUCCUUAUCUUAGGCCUUGUCUAAUCUGAAAUUCCCUUGAAUAUUCUCCCUGAAUCUUGAUUUUGCUUUUUGAGUUGUUAACGCUACAUGUAUCAGUCUUGUCAGUUUGUUGAGUAUGCCAAACUCCUGCAGAGUCUCAUGCAGAUAUUUUCUUUUGAUGCUGUCUUGGGCCAUUUUAUAGUCCACACAGACUUGAUGUACUGGUAUAUUAUAUUCGUAUUUCUCUAAUCGGCAUCUGAUGGUGAAAAUCUGAUCAGUUAUUGAUCUGUUUUGCCUGAAUUCACGUUGAUAGUCACCUAAUAUUUUUUCAGUGUAUGGUUGUAGUCUUUUGGCAAUUAAUUUUGUCAGUAUUUUGUAUGUAACAUUUUACAGAGAAAUUCCUCUGUAGUUUGUGCACUGAAGUUUGGAACCUUUUUUGUGUAUUAUUGUUGUUUGUUUUUGUUUUUUUUGGGGGGGGGGGGGGGGGGUGUUUUUUUGUUUUUUUUUUUUUUUUUUUGGGGGGGGGGGGGGGCAGUUAUUUUGUGAUUUUUUUUUUUAUAUAAUAAUCAUAGUUUCUUCUAGAGUUGGGGAGCUCAUUAAAGGGUCUGGUCCUCCAUGUGGUUGUUGAUAAUUUGCAUCUUGUUGUUUAUUGCAGUACAAUUAUAUUUAUAGUAAGGUUUUUCCUUCAUUGCUACAAAAUUGAAUUUUGAGGCCUUAACAGACCACAAAAUUGAAAUUCAAUCUUCUUGACAGCAGCAUGGGGACCUUUUUUAAAAGUUCUUUAACAAAAUUCGGUGACCUGGAUGUUAUGAUAUCAAACCUUGCUGUUUUUUUUUUUCAAGUAAUCAACUUAAUAUAUGCAUAAAUGAUAUUCACGCUGCAUCAUUUUUAUUAUUUCUUAAGUAUUCAUUCUUAGUGUGAGAAACCAAAGGUCUUCCAGGGUAUUUAAAAAAAUCAAAUUUAAACAUUUUCCAAAAGGUUCUUAGUUUUUAGUAUUUUGAUGAAUAUAUAUAUGGUUGGUUGGUGGAGGUAUACAAUUAAAUUGAGAAAAAAAUAGUGCCUAAUGGCCUGCUUACUUUAUAAGAGAGGUCUUUUGGGGGUUUUUUACACUUUUUUUAUUGUGCUAAAUUUAUUACAGUACAGCAGUUGUAACUUAGAAAGUCAAUUUUUAAUAUCAUGCCAUAUUGGCUGCUAUCUUUUAAUGCUGUUUAAGGUUUUUUCUCCACUUAGGGCUUACCACCUCCCCAAGAAUAUCUACCUUUCUAGGUUAAUUUUCCAUUCCAUCUUAGCAUUUACCCGUAUUAUAGUUAACCCUAGAUGAUUUCAAACUGGCAACCUCCAGGUCAAGAUGCAGGCAUUAUAACUGUUGCUCCACAGGGUGUGAUUUCUGUAUGAGUGGUGUAUUUCAAAGCAUUUCCAAAAUGCACAUACUUGGCAUUUUCAUAACUAGAAAUAGUUUUAACCCUUUAAUAACUGAACACUUUUCAACCCUCUUUGCAUAGAAAAAUUGAAAUUCUUGGAUUUGAAUUGAAGAUUGCUUGUAAUUUUGUUUAUUCUUAAGCUCACGAAGACUUAUUGAUAUCACGACCAAAUAAACCUGAACAUUGAAUUAAGUUUUAGAGUUUGGAUUAUCAAGACAACAAAAUUGCCUUACUUUGACCCUAAAAUGAACAAAACAAUGUUCAUGAAAAUUUAAAGCCAUUAGUUUCAGGGCAUAUUGAGUUGAAGGAAGAAUAUUCUUCCUUGUUUCUAUUGAUAUAUAUUUAAAUUAUGGACACCAUUGCUUUCUAUCAUUGAAAGCAAUUGUACAACCUUUGAUACAAUUUUCUACUCCAAAUCAUGUAUGGAUGAAAGCAAUGGCUGAGUAGCAAAUGCAAGUAAGCUUGUUUUAAACAUCGGUACAAAUUUGCUUGCUUUGGGUCAAAAUUUUUUAAAACUUUUAAUUGACAGAUGGCGACGGCAAAACCAGCACUUCGUAACCUGCUCAUGAAUAAGACAAAGAAGGACUUCAUCAUAGCCCUUACAGUUUCAAUAACAUGUGCAAUGGCCUACAAUUUUGGUGUCAAAGCUCAGAGAAGGAAGCACUUUGAGGAAUUCAAUAAGUUAGUUUUAUUUUUUCAUUUUUUUAAAUUUUGAUUAAAAUGCCUCAGUUCUGACAUAUUUUUAUAGUCUUUGUCCUGCUAGUUUACAUGAUGUAGUACCUGUGGGAAUUUUUAUUAUGUUAGCUAUAAUGUGGGAGAAAACACAUAGAUAAGACCAUGAUUUUGUUAAAUUCUUGAGAUUUCAAAAAAAAAUCUUAAAGCUUUCCCCACAUCUUUUUACACAUACAAGACCAUUUAUACUGAUGCCAUAUACAAGACCAUUUAUACUGAUGCCAUAUACAAGACCAUUUAUACUGAUGCCAUAUACAAGACCAUUUAUACUGAUGCCAUAUACAAGACCAUUUAUACCAAUGCCAUAUACAAGACCUUUUAUACCGAUGCCAUAUACAAGACCAUUUAUACCGAUGCCAUAUACAAGACCUUUUAUACCGAUACCAUGUACAAGACCAUUUAUACCGAUGCCAUAUACAAGACCAUUUAUACUGAUGGCAUAUACAGACUGAUGCAUAUACAAGACCAUUUAUACUGAUGCCAUAUACAAGACCAUUUAUACUGAUGCCAUAUACAAGACCUUUUAUACCGAUGCCAUAUACAAGACCAUUUAUACCAAUGCCAUAUACGAGACCAUUUAAUUUUAUACUGAUGCUAUUGAUGUUUUAUACCUUCAAAAUCAUUGACUGUGUUAAAUUAUAAACCAUUUUGUUUUACUUGCUCAGAACAUUUGAUAAUGAUGCACACUACGAAAGAUUAAAGAGUAAAGGUGUUUUCCAGUUUAACUUGGGUUCUAAAGACGAGGAAUAAAUUAGAUGGAAUUUUCAGGUAUAGUUACUAGUUGCUUCUUGUACAUGUUGUAAAUGACCAGUAAAUGACCAGUAAAUGACCAGUAACAAUAUUGUUUUAUGCUUUUAAAUUUUCUAAAAUUUGUUGGAAAGAUGUUUAACAAUCAAGGAGUGAUCAGUGAAGGCUUUUGAGUUUAUGUACUGUGAAUUCAAGUAUUUUGUGCAGGGAAACUAGUCUAAAUAAAUGACUCAAUUAUUAAAUGAUCCUUAGUCUAUAUAAACAAGAAAUAACCAACAGUAAUAAUCAUUAAAAUUGAUUUUUGUCUUAAGUUUCCACAUGUGCCAUUUCAAAGUGAGUUCUCGAAGAUUCAAUAUUUUAAUAUCUAAUUCUGCAAAUUUAGGACCCCCUCCUUUGAAUUAAAUAAUAUCAACAGAUAGAUUAUUGAUAACAUUAUCAUAAUUUUCAGGGUUGAAAACUGACUUAUGCUCUGUCAAGUUUGGCAGAAAAGGCUUCAAUAUGUUUGACAAAAAGAAGAAAAUCACACUGAUAGAAAUUCCAAAAUACAUGUCAAAUUUGGAAAGGGAGAAAAUGAAUUCAUGUUUAAACAUUCAAACCAAAAAUGUUAGUUUCUUUAGAAACUUGUUGACUGAGCCUAUGCAGGUUGUUGACUGAGCCUAUGCAGAUUGUUGACUGAGCCUAUGCAGGUUGUUGACUGAGCCUAUGCAGGUUGUUGACUGAGCCUAUGCAGGUUGUUGACUGAGCCUAUGCAGAUUGUUGACUGAGCCUAUGCAGGUUGUUGACUGAGCCUAUGCAGAUUUUUGACUGAGCCUAUGCAGGUUGUUGACUGAGCCUAUGCAGAUUUAUGACUGAGCCUAUGCAGAUUUAUGACUGAGCCUAUGCAGAUUUAUGCCACUCAGAUAAUAAUAAUGGAGUUUGAGACAUGAGAUACUGACACUUUUUUGGGUGGAAAGAGAAAGGUGGGGUUAGAGGUUAUUGAAAGAGAAAGGUGGGGUUAGAGGUUAUUGAAAGAGAAAGGUGGGGUUAGAGGUUAUUGAAAGAGAAAGGUGGGGUUAGAGGUUAUUGAAAGAGAAAGGUGGGGUUAGAGGUUAUUGAAAGAGGAAGCAAAGAUUGCACAAGUUAAAAGGCUACUUUCAUGGGAUUGCUGCAAGAAAAUGGAUCCCCAUUGUAAACACGUCUUAUUUUCACUUAAAUCUGAUGUUCAAACUUUGGGCAACUUUUCUUUAUCAUCUUGUAUGGCAACCAGUGGCACAUAGUGGCACAUAGAUCACCUAGGAACUCAGUCUGUUGUUUAGUCUGUGCCCACUCUUUCCAUGCCAUUCCCAUUACCUCAGACUGUGUUCUUCCACUCUCUUCUUGUUGCUAAUGCAUCACCAUCUGUAGUUGUAUUUCCUGAUAAACUUGCCUGUUGACCCAGUAGAAGUCUCAACUAUAUUUGUUCCAUUGAUUUUUUUGAUGUUCUCAAUAAACUUAAUACUCCCCUGCUUAACUGAUGUCCCCUAAACUCAUUGCUAUUAUCUUUAUGUGUACGUAUUCUUUUAUGUUAAAUGUUCAGAGAUGACCGGUAGCUUAUAUUCUGACCAUGUGCGUUGUUAACGCCAUUGAAGCGAAGCUAAUGUCUUGUGUCUAUUACAUUACAGGUGCCAAUGGCUUGCGGCAUGACUUCCUAUCAAGGCUGGCUAGUUCCAUUACCAGGACCGGUUGUUUCAAAAUAAUUUAAGAUUUGUUGAAAGGUUUUUUCGAUGAUUGUUAGUGUGCGUGUGUGAGAGAACCUCCAUUAAACAAAGUUAACACUAAUCUGGUCUUCUGUUUGUUGAAAAAUUUCAAGGUGGUGUGCGCUUGCAAAUAUUUGUGACAUAUUUUUUGUUGGUGAAACUUAGAUGAUGGAUUAAACUAUUCAACUUAAUAAUA